ACAGAGGACGAGUACCAAAACCAAAAGCAUAAUCUUGAGCUAUUGCAUGAUAUGGUACAUGAUUGGGUGGGAGGAGAUAUGGGAAAAAUUAGUAACUCUGCGUUUGAUCCAAUAUUUUUUAUGCACCAUGCAUACGUCGACUACAUUUUUGAAGAGUUUAGGCAACAUCAAGCAACAAGUUGCGACGAUGUAAACUUAGAACGGGAUUAUCGCCCUCCGGAUGACCUUUGCCAAACAUGCAGCGAUACUGAUACCCAAGGACAUGGGCGUUACGAUACAAUGUGGGGAUAUAAUCAUAUUCGAAACAUCGAUGGACUCUGGUUAAAUUGGACUACAGAAUUUUAUAAUUACGAACCCAGACCUUCAUGUCCCGACACCUGCAGCGGCAAGUACUUGUACUGCGACAAAAGUUUCAACAUUUCGAUGUAUCCUGAUGGAAUCUGCGUAACUAGAACAAAGGAUGAAUUCACCUGUAACAAACUGCGUGUUAAGAGAGACGCAAAUUUCUUGACGCCCUCAAUCUCCUGUGAUACUUCGGGAAUCAAAUUUGAACUUUUACACGGCGACGGUACAAAUAACAGCAUGUCGGUAAAGACCGCUUCGGAAAAACUUAAAAUGUUCUUCACUAGUUUCAUUGGCAUUGAAACAUCUAUCAAAGAGGACGAAAGCGAAUCAACGCCUAGCGCCACAGGUAUCAUAUUCGGGAUCGUCCUGGGCAUGGUGAUAAUUGUGUUGAUAGCCUAUAUAUGUCGUAAGUAUGCACAAUCGAGUGAGGGAAGAGCAUACACUACGACAAGUACUCAGUGUGCUCUGUAAUCGUCAUUUACAGUAUAACAGAAAAAAGACAUAAAUCAUUGUUAAAACAAGGCGGACAUUACAAAUUGAGUGGAUACACUUAUCUGAUGAAGUGUACUUUAUUAGUUAUUAUUGAACCAAACAUAACAUUCCUUCAUUAUGAAUGAAACAAAAUUUAAUUUGAUUUUAUUCCAUUUUUAAUAUUUUAAUGGUUGCAGCUUUAUGAUACAAUCAAUCUACAGUUUUUAGUUCGACUUUUCAAAGAAUAGGUAGAGCCUUUUGGACCCACCCAUGCGUCGGCGUCGGCGUCCCGAUUUGGUUAAGUAUUUGUAUGUAAGCUGGUAUCUCAGUAACCACUUCUGGGAAUGAAUUGAAACUUCACACACUUAUUGAAUGACAUAAACUGACUUACACUGCACAAGUUUUAAAGCUUUAUUUUACUUUUUUACAAAUUUGUACCUCUUUUCUGACUUAAAAAUUUUCAGUUAAGGUUUGAUAUGUAAGCUGGCAUCUCAGUACCCAUUAAUGGGAAUGGAUUGAAACUUAACACAAUUUUUUACUGUGAUGAUCUGACUUACUCUGCACUGGUUUCAUAACUCUACUUUGCGUUUUUACAAAAUUAUACCCCCUUUUUGACUUUGUUCGAAAGAAUUGUUUAAUUUUUGUAUGGGAAUGCAUUGAAACUUUACACACUUGUUCAUUGUCAUGAUCUGACAUGCUGUGCACAUGUUCCAUAUCUCUAAUUUGCAUUUUUACAAAGUUAAGCCCUGUUAAGGUUAAGUUUUUUUUAUGCAAACUGGUAUCUCAGUGCCCAUUUAUGGGAAUGGAUUGAAACUUCACACAAUUGUCCAUUGUCAUAAGCUGAUAAGUAUGCAAUGUACAGGUUUCAUAACCCUGCUUGGCAGUUUUAAAAAAUUAUGAUCUUUUUCUCGACUUUAAUAUUCAUUCAAUUGACCAGGCUCUUGAAUGGUCGAGCGUUGCUAUCCUCCGAGAGCUCUUGUUCGUAUAUGUUUUGCUUAUAAACAUAAAGACCGGAUCUAUUUCACUUGUCUUGCCUUUUUCAUUUUUAUGAUAUUGGCGGUUAUUGUUUGUCAACUAAAUCAAACAUUCGCUUUUCUUUCAUUUGGAACCACGUUUAAGACCCUUUAUUUAUCACAACAUUCUUACAUUAUAUUUCAUAUACAACAAACAUUUUGUACUACUUUCAACACAUAGAAAUGUGACACUUUUGGCCAUUUUCAUAAAUGUUGUUGCUUGUAAAGAAAAUUGUCUAUAUGUUAGUAAAUUAAAAUAAAAAAACAUUCUUUUUGAAAUGAUGCAAAUAAUCUAUGAUAAUUUAAAGAUCUAAAUUUAGAGUUUUGUAUAUGAUAUUUGGUUUUUUAAACAAUUUGAACAUUUUAAUUUCCAAAUUUCCACCUCGUAGAUAUCUUUAAUGCAGGAUAUAUUUUCCUCAUCCAUGAAGAGAAAUUUAUAAUUGAUUUAUUAAUUUUAAUGAGCUAAUUAUUCAAUUUUAUUUGCAUCGUUAUGUUUUGUUGACUUUUUGUUGAAAUUUAUUUUGUUCAAUGAAAUAAGGAUAUCUUUUAAGAAUGCAUUUUCCAGUUUUAAUCUUACAAUAUCUUUUUCAUUCAAUUCUAUCUCUGAUACUUGUACCUUUUUUUGUUAUUAUUUUUUCACUUUCCAUUAUUUGAACUCCUUUUAUCCUGUUUUAUCCAGCCAGCUUUGAUAGAAUUUAGAAAGAUUGUAAUGUCUACCAUUGUAAUCUGUCAUUUGUG